AUGAGGACGGAGAAGGCGCCCCAUCCGUCGCUGGUUGGGUACACCAGCGCCAUUUCAAGGCAGCAGUGGCAGAAAGCCUUGGAGCUCCUAAGCGAACUUCGAGGCUUCGCCUUAGAGGCGAAUGUCAUCACCUUCACCGCUGUGAUCGGCACCUGCGCACGAGCUGGGCAGUGGCAGCAGGCGGCGGGGAUGUUCAGGAUUCUUCAAGCGGAGUCCUUGCAGCCGACCCUGGUGACAUACAACUCGGGCAUCAGUGCAUGCGACAGGGCCGUGCAGUGGAGGUCGGCGAUCGACUACCUCUCUGCUGCAAAGAUGACGAAGCCGGACAAGGUCACCUACAGCUCAGCCAUGAGCUCAUGUGGAAGGUGCCAAAGGUGGAGAGAAGGCUUCGCGUUGUUCCGCGAGGCGCGAGUCCAUGUAGAGAUGGAUGUGGUUGUGUACGGCUCGGCCAUGGCAGUGAUUGCCAGCAUAGCAGAGUGGAGGCGCUCCCUUGUCCUUCUGCGACAGAUGCCAGAGCGGAGUGUGACGCUCAGCCCCACAUUGGGAGCAGGCCUGAGACCCGAUUUGAUCACCUGCAAUGCCUUUCUGGCAGCCUGUGGGAACGCCUCUCUGUGGGAGCGGACAGACAUCAUCUCCCACAACUGCGCCAUCAAAGCAUGUGACACUCGGGAGCAGUGGCAGCGUGCCCUAGUGCUGCUGGCUGAGCUGCCGAACGCCCUGGAGGGGCGAAAGCUCUCGGAUGCAGUCACAGACAGUGUGGCCAUCAGUGCCUCUCAAAAGCAGACCAGAUGGCAAAGCGGGCUUCUCAUUUGGGACAUCGAGCAUGGACGGCAAGCAGCAAUAACGACCAGCAACAGUGCACUGGUCGGCUGUGCAGAUGCAGCCAGAUGGCAGGAGGCUGUCUGCUUCACAUGUGGCCUGGACUCCAAGAGACCACAGCCUGAUGUCGUCAGCUACAACACCAGCCUCAGCGCAUGCGCCAAGUCAUUCUACUGGCAGUAUCCCCUAUUGCUUGUAUCGAUUCUUGUGACGCUGAGGCCGCGGCCGACAACGAUAUCUUACAACUCAGCCAUCAGUGCUUGUGAGGGACUAGGAGAGUGGAUGCAGGCGGUUCACUUGCUUACAACCGCGGAGGGCUAUAGAUUGCAGCCGAGUGUCAUCACGUUCGGCACCGCAAUCAGUGCUUGCGCGGCAGGAAAGAAGUGGCAGGAGGCAGUCGUACUGCUCGCAAAGUGUGCUGAGCAAAUGCCACCGGAUGUCGUGGCAUACAAUGCUUGUUUGAACGCUUGCGAGAAGGCUGGCCAGUGGUCGGCGGCUCUUGCUUUGUUAUCCGAGCUCUGUAACCAUCGCGACAUCGCUGGUUCCGUGCCAGACGUCGUCUCCUACAACUCCACGAUCAGCGUUUGUGCCCUGGCCGCCAAGUGGGAACUGGCCCUGUCCCUGCUUUGUCGCAUGGGGGUGCAAAGACUACAGCCCAACAUGAUCACCUAUAACUCAGCCUUUGCAGCAAUGGCUGCAGCUUCGGCAGUUUCCGAGAUGUCUGCUGGGCCCAGAUCCGGCUCUCGCGGCAAGUGGCAACAUGUCCUUGAGCUCUUGCGUGACAUUGGCAUCAGACGCCUGCAUGCUAAUGUACUCACUUACAAUUCGGCAAUCUCUGUUCUUGAGGCAUGUGAUCAGCACAUGAUCACAGCUAGUCUUUUGGGUCAAGUGAGGAGUGCCAUGGCGGGAGAAAGUGACCUGAAGUGCGACUUUGCUUGUCAAUAUGUGUUGAGCCCCGUUUGUGGGUACCGUCACGCAGUGGUGCAGCUUGAGUGGGACAAGGAUGGUGAAAUUCUGGCCAUCCUCCAACAGAAAGAAGAGACAGUGAUGUUGUGGCGCCACUCUGAAAACAAGCUGGACAUGGUCGAGAUGAACUCGAAGGAUCCGACCUGGCUAUCAUGGUCCAAAACCGGACCGCAGCUAGUCAUCGGAACCGCACGAGGGAACCUCAUCAUCUACAACAAGAGGACCAUGAAGAAGCAGACGAUCAUGGGAAAGCAUUCCAAGCGAAUUAGUUGUGGAGGCUGGCACUCCGACAACAUCUUCGCGACCGGCUCGGAGGACAAAACAAUCUGCCUGAGCAACGAAGAGGGGGAUCCCCUAGAAAGCGGCGGCGAUUCAGAGCCGUUGCGGAUCAAAAACGAUCCCAGCAUGCUGCAAAUAGCAGACGUGAAGUCUGACGACCCCAAAGAUUCCGAACGUGAACGAGUUGUCAGCAUCGUCUUGGGGGAGGUGACUUUGUUGCUAUGCAACUUAAAAGAUCCGCAGAAGCCAACAGAGCUGGCUUUCCAACCCAAGUACGGCACAAUCAAGGCCUACAGUUGGAUUGGAGAUGGCUAUCUCGUGGUUGGCUUCUCGCAAGGAUACAUAGUAGUCAUUAGCUCGCGCCUGCGGGAAAUCUCGGAGGAGCUCUCGUCCGUGAAAUAUCACCGGAACACUCUCGACUGCCUUUGUUGCAGCAAGGCUGCCGGCAAGAUUGCCUCCGCAGGGGAUGAUGGCAUCAAGCUCAUCAGCAUGAAGGACUGGACCGAGAUUCGAGGGGAAAAGAUACAAAUCCGCCCUGAGGCGAAGGUGACACAAAUGCACUGGUCGGAUGACGGAGAGCUGCUGUCGUUCUGUACAGAGACUGGCUGGGUUUACUGCUUCUUAGCCAAGUUGUCGGCGCUCUCGGCCACCUGUAAUACGCGGCUGGCAUAUUUGACUUCGUUGAGAGAGAUGACAAUCAUUGAGGGAACGGCUGACACGGAGAACAAGGUGGUCCUCCAAACUGACGUGGAGCCUGCUUUUGUGGCCCUGGGUCCUUCUCACUUAGCGACAGGAAUGAACAACCGAAUCUGGUUCUAUUCCUGCACGGAUCAAGCAGCAGUCGAGAAGGUCAACGAGCAGGAGUACAUCGGCAGCGUGGAGAGCGUGAGCUUGAACGCAACCCACGCUUGCGUCUUGAUCGACGGCCGUGUGUGCCCUGUCGUUGGUUCUUGCUUUUGUCGAUUAUCUUCUGCCUGUGUCUAA